CUGCAGCUGCAGCUUCACUAUUCCUAGCAGCAAAUGAAUCAUUAAGUCUGAUAUUACAUGCAGCAACUGUCCAUGAGCUCUUGUCAUAUCCUGAAUUCUACCUCUAUAUCCCUGUCUUUAUGACAGACUGGUUAUGGUCAAACAUUGCUCUUGAUGCCAACAAUGGAAAUGAUACAGACAAUAAUCAAUAUAAAAAAGCUGAAUUCACAACCUGGAAAAAUAGUGCUGUUCCAAGUACAAAUCAUUUUGUGCCUGCAUUUGAACCAUCAAUUGAGAUCACAGAAAACAUACCAGUUCAUACUGUAAAGAAGCGUCGCUCAUUGAUAAUGAAUGACACAGUCAACAUUAUUACUGCUGCAGAUAGACCAAAUAAAAGUACUUAUGUCGGGACAUUAAUGGCAGGCUUGGCUCCUGUAAAAGAGUUAGAAGUUAAGAUCGAAGCUGGAGAGAAGAUUAGAUAUAAAUCAUUAGAUGACACAACAAUUGCAUUGGAACAAGAAGAAGCAGCAAAUCUUAUCACAACAGAUCAUUACUGGCAAGACUCAUAUACUUCCCAUUACUGGUUACAUCAAAUUAUCUGUUGCAAGGGCCUCUUUCCACAAAUUGCUAUCAGUAUUGACAGAAUGUGA